UUCAAAACAAUAAAAUCGUUUUAUAAGACUCACAGAGGCCUAAUGUGCGAUGGAGGACGAAUGGGAGGAAGAAGAACAGCUGGUGGUGGCCGAGCUGUCAGGUAUGAUCGACUCGGACGUGCUGAGGAGGUGUGAGGGCUGGGCUAAGGUGGUGGGUCUGGACAGCGAGCAGCCCGUCCUGCAGCUCGGCCGGUACGUUUUCGCCGGAGAGUACGAGGACGCCGUGGGAACCUGCGUGAUCUUCCAGGAGGACUCUGGAGAUCACGAUGGUACUGCCUGCAGCCCUACGCUCAGGUACAAGUGCCACACGGCCAAGAAGCUCAUGCUCCAGAGAACCUUUCUCUCCGAGAGGAAAGAGGGGGAGUCCGGCUCGCGGGGCAUCGAGGUGCUCUCUCUGAAUGAGGGCGAUGUGUGUGGAAGAGCAAGCACGGUGUGCCACUACGUGCUGGACCCCACUGAGAAGGCGGAGGACCAAGGCCCCGGAAUCAGCGACGAGUCAGACGCUGAAAUGGCAGAGAGGGGACAAACAUCCACAAAACAGGACAGCAUGCUGGACAUUAGCGAAGCAGCAGAGAACGACAGCCACAUAGCCGAACCGACACAGGCUGAGAACACCAGUGUUGAAGAACAACAGUGCUGAGGACCCAGGCCCAUUAUUGGAACACCAGUAAUGACUGAAAUAGCUAUAUCCUAAACAUUUGUUCAUGGUGUGUUUGUUCAUGGAUUCAUAUCAUAAAAAAUGUUCAUGCGAACAGAAGUGAUGCUUCAUUACUACUCACUUAAAAAUAUGGGUUUUCAGGGGUUCUUUAGUAAAUGCAGUGGUUCUAUUUAGAGCCUUGAGUUCUAUAUAGAACCAUUUCAUGCUUAAA